ACCUACACACACACACCUACACACACACACACCUACACACACACCUACACACACACACCUACACACACACCUACACACACCUACACACACCUACACACACUAUAUUACGGGAAGGGAAGGAACUGCGCUGGAGACGAGAGGAAGACGCUCUCACUCCGAGUUCGGAAGAGCCUGUAGACAUCGCGGGAGGAGGAGGAGGAAAAGGAGAAAUUCGCCCGCAGAUUCAUGGCCUGCCACGCGACCUUCCUCCACGGCAUCAUCGUCGCCAUCAUCGCCGUCAACCUCAUCACCAUCGCUACGAUAGCCGUCGACCCAGUGUCCCCCACUCCGGGACCCCUGACCCCCAGCCAGGGGGGGUCCGUGACCAAGUGUGCUCGCCCGCGUCACGUGACCAUCACCUCGCGGGACUUCAACCACGUGCUCAGCUGGGAGCCCUCCGAAGGCGCUGGGUCCGGCACCACGUACAGGGUGCAGCUACUCAGGAACGGGCGGUCCUGGAUGGAGGUGGCGCGCUGCGGGCGCCAGGGGGCGGCGCUGCGCCAGGGGGCGGCGCUGCGCUGCCCCCUGGCGCUGCGCCACCCCACCGAGCGCUACCGCGCGCGCACACGCCUCUUCGCUGCCCCAGCCCAGUGGAGUGCCCCCGAGGUGAGGGUUCGCGUGGAGGACGACGAGGAGGAGGACGAGGUGGAGGUGGAGGCGAGCCAGGGGCGGGCGCCGCGGGUGCUGGUGGCCCUGCGGGCCCCGGGAGCCCGGCCCGAGCUGUACGGCGACGCCCGCUGGGACCUGCAAGUGUGUCAGCUGCUGCCCGGGCGUGGCACAUGGAAGUGCCACCAGCAGCCGGACCAGCCGCUGGUGGAGGAGCUGGUGCUGCGGGAGGUGCUGGCCGGAGCGGAGCUGUGCGUGCAGGCCCGGCUCAAGUCGCAGCUGCACAGCAAGUGCAGCGACCACUCACGCCGCGUGUGCCUGCAGCUCCCGCGGGCCACGGGGCGCUGGACGGGCCGGCACGCCGCCAACGCGUGGCUGGUGGUGGGGAUGGUGGUGCUCUCGGUGCUGCUGCUGGCGCUGCUGCUGGGCGCGUGGGCCCUGCACUACGUGAAAGAGGCUCCCGGCACCCUGCCACGCGUGCUGGCGACCCUGCUGGAGGCCGAGGUGAGAGCCGGCAAGAGGCGGCCGCUACACAGCGACAGCCGCCCUCUUCACCCGCAGCACGGCGACGACGACGACGAGAGGGAGGACGAGCAGGGGGGCGACGGCGACGAGGGGGAGGAGGGCGACGACGAGGGGGGGGAGGGCGGCUACGAGGGGGGCGAUGACGAGGGGGGCGAUGACGAGGGGGGCGAUGACGAGGGGGGCGACGACGAGGGGUACGCAAGCGUCGUGCGCGAGUUCCCCGCCCCGCCGGACGACGGCGCGGGCUACGUCGCCGCGGGGCUGGCGAGCGGCGUGCGCGGCCGGCCGCCGUGCGGAGACGCGGGGCCGGGCACCGAGGCGUCGUGGCAAGACUGCGGCCGCCCCCCAAGAGUCGGAACGGAGGAAUUCUGGGAGAAUUAUGGGGCUGUCACAGAUUACCCACCCGGUCUCCCCUCCAACACAGCACCUGGCGAGGACGAGGCAGCCAAUCACAGCCAGGACGAGGAUGGAGGAGGAGUGGCCCGGGAAAUGGGCUGA